CUUUCUCUCUCUUCUCUCAACCUCCCAAAUUCACUCCCUGUUUCAUUGGCCCGCCCUUCCACUUCCAGAUCCAGAAAACGAAAAAACAAAGAGUUCGACUGCCCAUUUGAGAGAUCGAUUCCCACUGUUGACUGUUCCCCUGUUUCAUCCCCGAGGAAUCCAAAUAAACAAACCUCUUCUCUCGUUUGUCUUACCAUUUUAUAAUCAUCAAAGACAGCUUUGCGGGAACCCCUACGUGCUGGUCCAAUCAAUGUUAACGAAAAACCUCAAAAAGAUGGUCCAAGUUGCUUCCUUUUCUCUCUUUCUUUCCCCAUUUUCCCUCCAUUUGUUCCUUUCCUCUGUGCUUAUCACCCUGUUUCCUUCCCAAGAUACUUCCCUCAGUUGCAUCGCCCGAAUAUUCAGAACCCUCCUUAUUAUUUCUUUUUCCGUUCUUUUUAGUGCUCCAUUUUCUUGUCCCCCUCGACCCUGUAAUGCUCUGCUCGUCUCCACCUUUGAGAAAAAAUGUCACAUGUUGUUAAUAGGACUGCUUGGGACGAUAUUUCUUGACAAAGUUGACUUUCUCGAGAAAAUUUCCUCACUUUCUCUCCUACCCAUUGCUGCUGGCAACGACUGCUUUCAUGGGUAGUCCCCAUUUUCUCUCUUUCUCCGCCGCAGUAGCAUCAUCAUCAUCACCUACGACAACCAAACCCUUUUCCGCCGCUUCCCUUUUCUCAUUUCUGGAUUAAACGGAUUUUCGACAAUCUCAAUAGGCGCGGAGGAGUUGUUGAUGGAACAGUUUCAAUUGAAGAAAACUCUUCCUUUCAGAUUUUAGUUUUCUUUUUUCCUUCUUCUUUUUCGUGUUUGGUUCCGAGUGGAGUCUUCUCCUUUGUAUUUGAUUUGACUGAAUGAGAGAGCAUUGCAUUGUUCUUCAAGAUAUGAGAAUGACCAACCAAGACCACAGAAAGCGGUCUUUCCUGCAGAAGAUAUUCUCGUCCAGGGAGGUGAUUGUGACGAGAUCGAGUGGAGACCCAUUCAAUUCUUCCCCUGAGUCUUCAAGAUGCCUGUAAUCUGCUCUAGAAAAGUUGGUCCAGUCCAUGGUUUUGUUGGAUUCCUUGGGAAGCCACUAAGAACAAUCUUCCAAUUCCUGAGUGUUUUCUGGCCUAAAUUUUCCUUGCUCAAUCGUCCUGUUUCAUCAUCAGAAAGGCGGACCGGUUCAGCGCUUGAGGCUCUUUUUUCAAACCAUUUGACUUCACGGAUGCCAAAUCACCAGACCGCAGAAGAACCAUUUAGAAUUUUUGUGGCAACAUGGAAUGUGGGAGGGAAAUCUCCCCACAGCGGGCUCAAUCUGGAUGAUAUUCUCCAAGUCCACAACCAGGCAGACAUAUAUGUCUUAGGCUUUCAGGAAAUUGUUCCAUUAAAUGCUGGGAAUGUUCUUGUGGCAGAGGAUAGUGAGCCUGCUGCAAAAUGGCUUGCUCUUAUCAACCAAUCUCUGAACAGAUCAUACGCUGUAGGUUCAAAAGGCUCAAAGCCCUUUGCAUCACUUGGAAACCCGCUUCCAUUUCAGAGGCCUUCUCUGAGGAAGGUUUGCAAGAGCUUCAGGACCGAGAGUUUACGCCGCCUCAAGACCUGCAACUGCAGUCAUGUGAUGGACAGGAAGAUCAACAAGGACUCCUGCCUUUGGUGCCCUCAGACGAACCUAGGGGAUGACGGAUUGUCAUCGGAAGAGGAGGAGGAUGGACUCAAUGGCUUUGGAUCUUUGGAUAUUGUUGCUAAUGGUGACAAUCACUUGAGAUACAGUCUUAUUGUGGGGAAGCAAAUGGUUGGGAUUUUUCUCACUGUUUGGAUGAAGAAAGAGCUUGUUCAAUAUGUUAGUCACUUGAAAGUUUCUUACAUUAGUCGUGGAAUCAUGGGUUGCCUUGGUAACAAGGGUUGCAUAUCUGUGAGCAUGUCUUUCCAUCAGACGACCUUUUGCUUCAUCUGCAGUCACUUGGCAUCAGGGGAGAAAGAAGGAGAUGAGCUGAGGAGGAAUUUGGAUGUGAUCGAGAUACUAAAGAACACUCAAUUCCCCAGGACUUGCAAAUCACCCUAUAGCAACUUACCCGAGAGAAUCAUCCAACACGACCGGAUCAUAUGGCUCGGUGACCUCAACUACAGAAUAGCUCUCAAUUAUUCGGAAACUCGAAAGCUCCUCGAACGGAAUGACUGGAAUGCACUCUUUGACAAAGAUCAGCUGAAGAUUGAGAGGGAAAAAGGUAAAGUGUUCAAGGGAUGGAAAGAGGGGAAAAUCUACUUCGCUCCAACUUACAAAUACUCCUGGAACUCAGACAUUUAUUCUGGAGAAACUGCAGACUCCAAAAACAAAAGAAGAACUCCAGCUUGGUGUGACAGAAUACUCUGGCAUGGGAAUGGGAUGCAGCAGAUGUCGUACGUGAGAAAGGAGUACCGGUUCUCGGAUCACAGACCGGUAUGUGCGACGUUCUUGGUUGAUGUAGAGACCGUGGAAGGUGCUUCGAGGAGGGCAUCAUCCGCGUAUCACAUUUGAAAAAUGGAAAAGCUAUGUGUUUGCUGAAUUCCUGCUAACCAGAAACUUGUGGAAAUUGGAGAAAGAUAUAGAGAUACAAGUUUUAGUCUUUGUUUUACACCCCAUUUGCAUAUGUUAAAUGUUACAAAGAAAACCGUUCCCAGGGGAGAAAGAAAGAAGAGAGCAUUUCCUUUUAGUUUUGUGGGUUUCUUCUUGCCUAACUGUAUAGAUAGGAAGUGGGUGGUGGUGGGUGUUGAUAAGUGUUUUCUUCAGAGCAAAGCCUUCUGGGUCCUAGAAAUUUCAUUUGGGCAGAUUUGUAUACAUACAAUUGUGAAGAAAAAAAGGGAACUUGCAAUUUGUUUUUAAUGGUUUCAUAACAGUAUAAGAUUUGGUUUGGUCCCGUUGUGGGAGCCAUGGGCAACAAUUCCUGUAACCAAUUAGGCAAACUCUGAUUCCAGAUUCCAAGUUGAAUCCGGAAAAGAAAAUGGGACCGUCUCGGAAUCGGAAAACUGAUAAUGGCGGAGAAGUUAUCUUUCCUAUUUCCCUUUGGAUUCGGGGAAAAAAUUUGCCUAUAUAACAACAGACUCCCUACUUCUAUCAAUUCAUCCAAUCCAAUCGGCAGCCUGCAGGAUCUCUGAAAACCAUUAUUGCUUACUCCUCGCCGGCGACGCUACGAUUGGCAGCAUGGAGGCAGUUGAGCCGCAGUCGCUGAAGCGAGCGGCGCUCGAUCUAUCCUCUCCGACAUCCCUCGGCAAACGAAGUCGCGCCACAUCAGGGCCGCGAAGUUCCACGUGUCACGCACCAUGGAAGAGCUACCGGGUAAUUAGCGGUCACCAAGGGUCGGUUCGAUCCGUCGCCUUCGACCCCGGCAAUGCGUGGUUCUGUACCGGUUCGGCCGACUGGACCAUAAAGGUGUAGGACGUGGCAAGCGGGAGGCUGAAGCACACGCUCACCGGACACAUCGGUCAGGUUCGAGGCCUGGCCGUGAGCCAGACCCGCACC